AUGGCGGCAGCUCGCGCCGUGAUCUCUGUGUUGUGGCUUCUUGUUUGCCGGACGUAUGCAGACGAGAUUUCUCAAAGUCUAGAUCAAGAUGUUUGCGACACUCCUGACUGUGCGGUCAAGCUGCUCCAGGUCGCCUCACGGACCCCAGAAGGACAUGCGUUGACGGAGGAAAGUGGCAAGAAGAGCAACAUGCCGUCGACCAGCGAUUCCGGCGGGAUUUGCCGAGGAAAGCCUUUGAACUUAAUUGGGAUGGUGGAAUGCAACGGCUUGUCCGCCUAUUCUUGCCUUCACAACAGCAACUGCGACUGGAUGCAGGGCAGCCAGCCCGGUUCCGGCGGCGCCGGAGGUGGAGGUGGAUACGGAUACAGGGGAAAGUGCCAAGCAAAGCCUUUCAAUCUCAUCGGCUCCUUGGAGUGCAACGGCUUGUCCAAAUGGUCCUGCAGCCAAAACAGCAACUGCGAGUUCGUGAUCGGUUGA